AGUGUCUAAACUAUACUCCAGUAGACAACCUGAGACGGCAUAUAGUUCAGGGAACACUCGUCCAUCUCUCUUUAUGCUUACGCCAUUCUCAAGCUCAAGUGUUUCAACCCUCAAAUCUUCGAAUUGAAAGAGAAAUGUCGGACUAUCUCCCAGACGAAGUGGUGCGUGAGAUACUGCACAGACUACCCGCUAAAUCCCUAAUUCGAUUCAGGUGCGUUUCAAAAUCAUGGAACUAUCUAAUCACAAGCUCUGCCUUCAUCGAUUCCCAUCUCACUCAAUCACUUUCACAUCCCUCCAAUUCCAACAAAUUAAUAUUUAGGCACUGCGAUAUUGCAGCCAAAGUAGAGCACUACAAAUUCAUCCACAAUGACUCCUCAUUUGAUCAGUAUCAGAAUGUUGAGUUCCCUCUAACGAAUUGUUUUCGGUUAAUCGGUUCCGUGAAUGGAUUGUUCUGCCUUAUUCAAGAUGAGCAGUUUAUUCUUUGGAAUCCCUGUAUUAGAAAAUUCAUUACCCUUCCCAGGGAUUACGACCAUGUUUUAUCUCGUUCCGUGUUUGGGUUUGAUGCAAGGACCAAUGAUUAUAAGGUGGUGAGGAUUGCAUUUCCGUACACUCCCAAACCACUUCUGGUUGAGGUUUACUCUCUUAAAGAGGGCUCUUGGAGAAGAAAAGCUGGUGCUGCCGCCUCGCUUUUGCCCGGGAUUACGCGUGAUCUUUCGUGUCGCAGGGAUGCCUUUAUAAAUGGGGCUGUCCAUUUUGGGGUGAGAGAUUGCAUCAAUACCCCUAGAUUAAAAGUUGGUCCAUCUGUUUUGUCAUUUGAUUUAAGUGAUGAGGUUUUUCACAUGACAGCAUUGCCAAAAUUCGGAGCGAAGACUGAUUAUGAUAUUUUCGGAUUUAGGGGAUCACUUUCUGUAGUAUAUAUUGAGCUUGUGGACAACAAACGUAGUUGUUUCAUUUGGGUGAUGAAAGAAUGUGGUGUUGUCAAGUCUUGGAUUAAACUGUAUACUAUUAAUCUCACUGGAGAAUUUAGAAGUGUGUUAGGUUUCCAAAAGAAUGGUCAUAUAUUUAUGCAAGCAGGCCUAGGAAAGAAUGCGAGGCUCUCUUCAUAUGACCCUCAGAGCCAACAACUUAAGAAUUUGGGCUUUUAUGGGUGGCUAAGCUAUUCUUGUGUUCAUUAUUAUGUGGAGAACCUUGUCUUACUCGACAAACCAGUCUUAUUCGACAAACAAAAUGGUGAACUUUCCCGUUGGGUAGGGAGCAGGAAGAGGAAAUUCUGUGCUGUGGGUCUUCAAGGUGUGGUCAAGAAGGCGCUGACCUUGGCGGGUGGCAUUGGCAGGGUGGAAUCAGAGGAUGAGAGAGUAAGAGAUAAAGAAACAAUCUGCAAGCUCAAAAAGGCAAUGGUAGAUCAACAGGAAGAGAGAGUCAGAGAUAAAGAAACAAUCUGCAAGCUCAAAAAGGCAAUGGUACAUCAACAGGAAGAAAUAGCCACUUUAAAAACAGAAAUGACCUCUUUAAAAUCGCAAAUGGCCACUUUAAAAUCACUGUCCUUAUUGGUUCAACAAUGGAAUAACCAGGUUGAGAACACUUCUAGCGGUGUUGGAGAUGUUGGUUCAUAUCUUGGAUAAAAAUCUUCUUCAACGUGCUAAGAGUUGCCACCUCGUGGUACAAAAAUCACUCAAUGUGGAGCAAUUUAUAUUUUGUAAUCCAACUUUCAUAUUUGUAUUAUGUGCAGUUUAACAACUUGUAAUCAUGUUAUUGAAAAGUAGGAGGAUAAAAAAGUAAGAGAAAUGAAAGAUUUGUAAUUUCGUUGAUGUG